AGGACUUGGCUUAGAGGGGUGGGCUUCGUCUGCUCUUCUUUACAUGUUGUUGUUGUUGUUGCUGCUGAUCUGUCCGGGGAAAAAUACCGGCAAAUGAAAGCAAGUGUUUGUUUUGGUGGGGGGAUUAACCAUCCGGAACCGAUCGGCUCUAUCUGCGUGAAAUAGGGAAUGAACGACGAGACAGCAUCGGACAGCUGGAAGAGAAACUCCGGGUGCUCCAGUAUUGAGCAAAUGCUGGCUGUGAAUCCCGGAAAGACGCCCAUCAGUCUGCUGCAGGAGUAUGGAACGCGGAUAGGCAAGACCCCAGUGUACGACCUGCUGAAGGCCGAGGGACAGGCCCACCAGCCCAACUUCACGUUCCGCGUCUCCGUCGGAGAGAUCAGCUGCACCGGCCAAGGGCCCAGCAAGAAGGCAGCCAAGCACAAAGCAGCCGAGGCUGCUCUGAAGAUGCUCAAGGGAGGCCUCGGAGGUCCUGCCGGAGUUGGUGUUGGAGUAGACGGGUUUAUUGGGGUUGACGUGUCUACCGAUGGAGACGGCUCCCAUUCAGAGAUGAAGACGUCAAGCAGUUCUCAGCAGUCUGAAUGUAACCCUGUAGGAGCUCUGCAGGAAUUGGUGGUGCAGAAAGGAUGGCGUCUGCCAGAGUACACAGUCACCCAGGAGUCUGGUCCGGCACACCGCAAAGAGUUCACCAUGACCUGCAGAGUCGAGAGAUUUGUUGAAAUUGGAAGUGGAACCUCCAAAAAGCUAGCCAAGAGAAAUGCAGCAGCUAAGAUGUUAUCGCGUAUACACGACGUCCCAGUGGACCUGAGGACCAGCAACGAUGCUGACACAGAGGACGACACAUUCACCAUGCAUAUGGGGAGCAGAGCUGAGUCAGGCAAAAGUAAAGGCUUCAGCUGCACGUGGGAUUCUCUGCGUAACUCUGCCGGAGAGAAGAUCCUCCAGCUCCGCAGCCACCCUCUGGGUAUGCCCUCAGACUCCAACUUCUGCUCGUUGCUGAACGAUCUGUCUGUGGAGCAGCGCUUCGACGUCAGUUACCUGGAUCUCGAGGAGCGUAGUCUGAGCGGCCUGUGCCAGUGUCUAGUGGAGCUCUCCACGCAGCCAAUCACGGUGUGCCACGGCUUUGCGCCGAGCAUAGACGCCGCUCGAGCCAACGCCGCCCACAAUGCACUGCAGUACCUCAAAAUCAUGGCCGGAGGGAAGUGAUGUCAUCUGCCUCCUGACAGACUCGAACUCGCUCACGAUACAAUGCCUGGGAAAGAGUUCCACUUUGGACGAAGGAGGCACUUUUGUGAAGAGUUCUUCACCUUCAAUUACCUCAAAUUUGGAGACUUUUUCUGUCUCUGAAUUAACCGCUGAAGCUCCUUUGGUCACAUCGAUUUCUUAUUAUUGCCAGUGAAGAUUUAGUUGCCCAAAAACUCCCCUCUCCUAGACAUUUUGCAAAUUAUUAGAUUUUUUUUUAUUCCAUUUGUUUUUUCAGUACUUUCAGUUUUUGUUUGCUCAGCAUCCAUAUGCAGCCAUGUUUUCUUAAAAUCUAAUGUUUAAAAAGUCUUUAUCUGAAAUGGUAAAUGGUGCUCUUGCAGUGAGUUACCAAACUACUGCAGACAAAUUCUGAUUUCAACAAAGGGCCCCAAAAAGUCAAAGAGUGUUUGUAGAAAUUGGACUCUGGAUUUGCCAAUUAAUGGAGCCACGUUUAACCCCCGUUCACAUGGAUGAACGUAAAACAAAAAAAUUCCAGACGUGCUGAAACAUGGACAGAAAAGGACUGAAUCGAUAUCGGAGGAUAAUUCUUUUAAAGACUGCCGGAUGAGCUUGAAUGAGUAUCGAAAAUGUGGCUUUUGCUUUGUAUUAAUUUGAACCCUAAAUUCUCAAAUUGUCUCUGUGAUGCUCUUAAUGUUUGGACAUUUGACAUUCAGUCAGCUGAAACUCAGUUCAAGAUUAGAAGUCAGCUGUAACUCACCAUGUUAUCUUUGCUCCACAUGAUGAACUCAAACUUGAGAAAUUAACGCUUUCUAAUGAUGUUACUCUUUGGUAUUCCCAAACUAGAAAUCGAUAGAAGGAUCAGUAGACUCAGGUGAGUGAAAACGAUAUGAAUUGUCUUUGUAAUUUGCAUUUUGGAACUCUAGACACAAUCAUCAGAAGUGUUCACAUUUAUGAACAGAGAGAAAUGACUCAUACUGUGCAUCUUUUUAAUUGUGAUAAUUAAAAUAGAACAUAAUUCAAUUUAAAAUCCCAUUUACUCUCACACGCAAAGUGUAACUAUCACAGCGUUAAAUAGUUUUAUGUUCAGAGUAAAAGAGCACAAAGUUCUGUGAGUAUUCUGAUUAAAAUCAUUAUGAAUUAUAAAUCAGUGUUGUCCUAAUGCCAAAUAUUGUUUCAUUUACAAUUUAAACCCUGUGAUUUGUUCUGUCGAUGUGACUAUGGUGAUAUUUGAAAAUUGAUGAGCCGCAUUAUAUUCUCCAAAUACUUGUGAGUAAAGUUUAUUUAGUAACAAAGUGCUUCACAGGAGUAAAAUUGUUAAAACUAAAACCAUAACAAGUCAAAAGAAUAAAGAAUAAAACAUAAGCAACAACAGACAUUUAAAAAAAUGACAAAAACUAGACAAAACUUGUGUCUUGUAUACAGAUUCAUUACCACAUACUUUCCUGUAUUUGCAUAUCGGUUAAUACCGCCUUGCACACAUCUGAAGUAAGUAUUGAAAAUAGGAAACUAAAGAUUAUUUUCUUUGCACAAUGCAGACUGACCGAGUUUCUGUAAUGUACUGUACGUCUAUUCCCUCUGGUACACAGUACAUCAUGUUUAAUGCAACCUCAUCCUCUGAAAAGGUCAGAUCUGCAUAUUUCUUUUGUGAUCACUCAAUUAAGUAACUUAGCUGCUGGUUUUUAGCAAAUUUUAGGUGCUGACACGACUGACGUCAAUGCUGACAUCGAUACAAUUAAAGACUUCUUUGUUGUGGCUGUAGAAAAUGUGAGUUCCAUGUGAAAUUGACGUUUCCAAUAAAAACCUUUUUGUAAACUUAAC